AUGACGUCCAGGGUACUGCUGUGUGACCUCUGCGUCAUCCUGCUCUGCGGGCUCACUCUGAUAUUGGCUGAAGAGAAAACUAACAGUUCACCACUGCCAGACGAUGGUCCAAAGGGUAAUUGUUCGUGCGGAGGGUUUCCAUCAAGCACAAUAGAUCCAGGAAGUCAGCCAAUCCUGUCACAGACCCCCGGCUUGGUGGUGAAGUGUGACGAUGAGGGCGCUAGCACCUGUAAGAGCCUUUGUAACGCCUUGGCCACGGCUACUAAGGCGAAAGGACCUGAGGUGUUGUGCAAUAGGCUUAAGAAUGCAAAGGAAUUAAAGUUAUCAGCCUUCUAUCAAAUUUGCGAUCAUGCGUGGACGUUCGCAGACAUGACAGCGGAUGAGCCGCUUUGCUGUGAAGAAUCCAAAGUAAAGACUUGCCCUUCCAUGGAGAAGGCAAACUCUACAGAUACAAUCGACGCUAAGACAGUAAUGUAA